AUGUCUCAAGUCUAUCGAGAACGAGAUGUUCGCUACACCCGGGAACGCAGCCUGUCGUCGGACGAGGACAAGUACAAACAAAAGUCCACCACAGUGAGGCGAUACAAAGUCGGGGGAGGCGGCGGCGGAGGAGGAGAUAGAGGUGGAGGAGGAGGAGGACAUUCGACUACUGGUCGGGUGAUAGAGCGGGAGCGGGAACGGAUCGAGCGCUACGAGGAUGACGACGACGACGACCGAAGAUCGCGAUACUCCCACUCCCACGUCGGCCGCCCACCUGGCGACGUACUCGAGAUCGACACCCGCCGUGUAGAGAGGAAAUCCUAUCCUGAGCGACCAAGAUCAGCCUUCGAACCCCCUUCGCGCGGCUCUGAUUUCCACCGUAGCGAAGUAGGUGAUCGAUACAGGACUGUCGAGUAUGAACGAGAACGCGAAGUCGAUCGGGGUGAUCGAUACAAAACUGUCGACUAUGAGCGAGAAGUCGAUCGGGGCGAUCGUGACCACUAUGCCCCAGAGCGUCACUCUCGCACCAGAGUAGUCGAGGAGACCAGGGAACAAAUUGCUUCGCCAGCACGCAGCGACUAUUGGGAUCGCCAGUCGAGAGCUCCCUGGGACGACCGAGAGACCGAUGUUCGCAUCGACAAACGUAUUGUGCGCCGGGAGCCUUCUGGCGAUUUACAGGUCAAGGAGAAAAGCGUGGAGGUGCACAGGGAAAGGGAAGAGCGCCCAGAUGACCAUCGGGAUUACAAAGAGCGAGACGUCAAGAUCGAGCGCCGUGUCGUCGAAGAACGAGAACCCCACCAUACCCAUGACGGCGAAAUCGAGCGAUACCGAAGAGAGAUUGAGUACUACGCCGCACCAGAUCCUCCUCCCGCGCCUAUUAUCAUACGGCAGAAGGCACCCGAGCCGCAGCAGAUUAUUGUCCAAGAAGCACCCCCACCGCCCCCUGUGAUCGUGCCGCGCCAGGAUCCGGGGUAUAUCGUCCUGCGCGAGGAGAAUCGCGAAGUCGCGAGACGUCCGGAGCCCCGUUACGACGAUGAUUACUACUACGAACGAGAGCGAAGACGCGCACGUCAGGACAGAUACCGCGAGGAUGAUUCGUACGACGAGGACUACUAUAUCAAGAAGACCGUCAUCAAACGUGACCGAAGCUCUAGCGACGACCACCACAAGAGGCGCCAUCUUGCCGAAGGCGCUAUCGCCGGUGCAGGUCUCGGCGCACUUGUCUCUAACCGAGGCGGCAAAGAAAGAGAGCACUCACAGCAUAGAGGGCGAAACGUCUUGGCUGGCGCCGCCUUGGGCGCAUUGGGAACGCAAGUGGUACGGCGAGCUAGAAGCACGUUCGAAGACAGAUAUGAUGACGAUGAUGACGAUGGCUAUUACCGCCAACGUCACCGAAGCAAGUCGCGCAGCAGGCUCACAACAGGUUUGGCUAUCGGAGCCGCUGCACUCGCCGUCGCCGGUGGUCUCAAGUACAUGCAGAACAACAAGGUUGAGAGGGAAGAGGCCAACCGCGGUCGCGCUCGUCGCCGCUACUCCAAUGAUAGCUACUCGAUGUCGCGAAGCCGUUCUCGUCGGGAGGGUCGCGGCCGCAGCAAGUCAAACAUGGCCAAGGCUGCUGUAGCCACUGGUGCUAUUGCUGGGUUGGUACAGCAUUAUCGAUCCAAGUCCCGAGGCAAAUCGCGCUCAAAAUCUCGCAUCCGCACAGGUGCUGAAAUUGCUGCUGCUGGAUUAACCGGUGCAGCAGCCAGCAAGCUUUGGGAGCGACACAAGGACAAGAAGGAGAGCCUCGUACCAGUGGUUCCCGGCGUUGAAUAUGGUACUGAACCUCUCGAUGGGUACGAGUCAGCGGCCGAAGAGCGAAGACACCGUCCCCGGCACCGUCACCGAUCGUCUUCGGUAUCUGACACCGGUGCUAAGAAGAAGCGAAGCAAGAGCAGGCUGCGUGACGUUGCGGCCGCUGGGCUUGGCACCGCAGCUGCCGCGAUAGGUAUCAAGAAGUUCUCGGACCGUGCCAUGAAGUAUGAAGAAGAGAUAGCUGGCGACCCGUACCACGACGACUACUACGACGUAGAAGCACCGCCGUCCCCUCCGCAUGCAUCUGGCGGGUACUACCCGCCUCCGCCUCCUGGCCCUUCACCGCCAGCCGGUCCCGCCGGUUUUACACAGCACCGGAACCAGUCGUCGAUGAAUCUCAACGCCUAUCCGCCUUAUAACCCACAAGACUAUACGAACUUUCCACCUGCACCGGGAGGGCCUUCUGGUCCUCCACCUCCAUCGGGACCUAUCUCGCCACCAGGGGGUCCGGGGGGUCAUCGGCCAUCCGGGCCAGAAAACGUGAGUCAUCCAGCGCACUUAGGUGACAGUCAAUCCCCUCCUGAAGUCUCUCGGAGCGCGGCUACUGAGCAGGAUGGUCUAAGACGGCGGCGAGUGCGACGCGGCCGGCCUCCAACCACCUCCUCUACCAGCCUUGUUCACAAGCCACCACGCAGCUCGUCCAAGGUGAAAUUCAGAGCUCUCUCUCCAGAGUCGUCUAUGACUCUUCGACGCCACCACGAGGAGACAGGCGACAAGUCGGCCACCGAAGCUGAUGACGAGGAAGAAGAGUCGCCGCCACCGCAUCAUCGAGAAAAGCAGGUACAGCAGAGGCCCAGGAAUCCUCGCAGACGAUCCGAUUCGGAUCCGUCUUCUAAUCGGCGGCGGCGACGGCACCACCGCGGUGAUGAUUCGUCGGAGUCGAGUGCAGACGAAGUCGAGGUGCUUCCUGACCGGUUCGAUUCCUCGGGUCGGCCGCUUGACUCCAACAGGAAUCUACGGCGGGCCAACACGAGUCAUCAGGGCGAUUUCGAAUACCGUCCGUGGCAAAGGGGCGCUGUCGACGUCGACUCGGACGGGGUUGGCGGGAUUGUCGAGGCUGUUGGGGGCAUGCUGGACGGGAAGGAGGGGUUUCUGGGUAUGCUUGGACAUGUCUUGAAAGAUGGUCUUGGUGGUGGGAGGGAACGUUGA